AUGGUAUUUUAUACUUGUGAUYCUGGUUACUACUUGGUAGGAGCAUCCAUCCGACUUUGUCUGGAAAAUGGUGCAUGGAGCAACUUUAUUCCAUCGUGUCGCCGUCUUUUUCAUACAUUGUAUUCAAACAUCCUAAAAAAUCGGGAUGACUAUUAUGAAUUAAUGACAAAAUGGCUGGCUCCAGUGACGAGCAUGCCAAUAAGAUGGGUACCAUGCUACCAAAGCAGACAUCACGGAUGGGCCAGCAGAACAUUCCACGCAAAGUGCGAUGGUAAAGGCCCGACUAUUACAAUCAUCAAAGUGAACAAAUACAUAUUUGGAGGCUAUACAGACGUCAGCUGGCAUACCAAAGAUUCUUACAGCAACUCAGUCGACUCGUUCCUGUUUUCAUUCGUAAACAAAGAUAACUUGAAGCCAUUUAAAAUGAAAGUUUUCAAAUCGCAGAGUGCAAUUUAUGGAGGUAGCAGCUACGGACCAGUCUUUGGAACCAAUGACAUAUAUAUUAGCGAUAAUGCUGGUAGCAACACAAACUCCUUUACGGACCUUGGUACUAAAUAUGUACUGAUUGAGGGCUACACAUAUGGAUCAACUAAAGCAAAGAACCUUCUUGCAGGAUCGUACCAGUUUCAGCCAGACGAGAUCGAAGUGUUUCGACAAGAUGGCUUUGACGUUUAGGUGAAAGAAACUCUAACAAAACACAGGGAUCCCACAUAAUAUAUCGAUGUCGCUUUUAACACAUACGAUGUUUGCAGGAAAUAGACCUAAAUCGGCUAACGCGCUGCUAUAAACGUUUCUACUCAAUUACAACCACCCGGGAGUAAGUUUUGUUAUUGUUCGUUGCGUUUUCAAGUCACGAUAGAAUUCUUAGAAACAAAAGUUUUUUUCCCACAGGAUUUGAAUUGGGUGCUAACGUACAUGACAACGCGUAAGACGAUCAGGUCUACGCAUUGCAAUUGUGAUAGGUGGGGAAUUUUCAUAUUGGUAGUAAAUGUAUGGAGCCGAAUAGUUAUCUUUUAGUGUUUCCUUAGAGCGUUUAUUUCUCUCGUUGAAUAUCAAAUUACAUAGAAAUAGCUAGGACUAUUUUUUUAAAGAAACGUACUAUUACGUGACUGGCAUCAGAACAAGUGCACGUUU